AUGUUUCCUGGAGGACAAUGCGUGAUCGUUGACUUGCCAGACCAACUGAGGAAGCCCUCCGUCGCAGGGAGUAAAGAGGCCCUUCUCCUGGGAGACAGCUGGGCGGCCUAUGCCGGGACAAGCCUGAAGGACCACUGUGCCGGAUUGGCUGCCGUGGUGAACCGUGGUCUCGCAGGGACCACAGCUGCGGAUUGGGCUGCCAAUCUGGACUGUGCCACUGCCCCACAAUCCUUUUGCUGCCAGCACGCCGGCGAGGCAAGCUGCAGCGUGUCUCAGGCAGUCGGGCUUCUCCCAUCUGAUGGAUCCAGAGUGGUGUGGGUUAGCCUCGGUGGCAACGACUACAUCCUAUCGCAUUGCAGCACAGACACUGCGUCCUUGGAUAAGCUGCAGCAGGACAUUGAAAAGGUCAUCCGUGAUCUUCAAUGGCUGGCCCCGAAGCUACACGUCGUCGUCACCGGCUAUGCCGCACCCAGCGGCCCUCUGUAUUGGACCACUGGGUGCGAUUCGCCAGAGGCGCUCCAUCCCUUGAAUGAGGUCGUGCGCAGAGCAGCAAUCGCUCAGAACGUGACCUUCGUCAAUGUCUCGAGGAUCGCUGGUGGCAGCUCGACAGUCCACAGCCAGCCGGAGUUUUACAAGGACCCAAUCCAUCUCAACAGUCGAGGUUACUGCAAACUGUGGACGGAUCCAGUGCUGCAAGAAGCCAUGGGCUGCAGUGCCUCGGCAUUGCGUGGGGCUUCUUGCUAG